CGCGCCGCGAAUUCGUGACACGAGCACGAGCGUGACGAACGCGGAGUGAGUGCGUACUGAAAAUAAACAGAGAGUAGUGGUGUGGUGACAAGAGCGCGGGUCGAACGAUGGCUUCGCCGAACAAGAAAGCCAAGGAAUUAGAGGAUCCAGGUUCGGGCGAGGGUGUUGAAUCACGCGAUUACGACAUUGAAAUACAAAAGACACUCGAAGAGAUUGACGGGUGUCAGAAUCAAAUCGAUGGCCUCAAUGAGAAGGCCAGCGAUGAAAUCCUCGAAGUCGAGAAGAAGUAUAAUAAGUUGCGUAAGCCCUAUUUCCAGAAACGGAAUGACAUUAUUAAGAGGAUACCCAAUUUUUGGGUCACUGCUUUUGUAAACAAUAAGGAAAUAGCAGAAAUAUUGGAAGAAGACGAAGAAGAUGCACUUCGAUUUUUAAAUAAAUUAGAAGUUGAAGAAUUUGAAGAUAUUAAAUCAGGUUAUAGAAUUAAUUUUCAUUUUGAUGAAAACCCAUAUUUUGAAAAUGACGUCCUUACAAAGGAGUUUCAUCUAGGUUCUUCUGGAGAUCCAGCAUCUCAAAGUACACCUAUACGUUGGAAAGAAGGUGCAGAUUUAACAAAAAGAGCAAAAACCAAAGCCCCAUUAAAAGGUCGUAAAAGGCCAUUAAAACACAGGUCAUUUUUUGAUUGGUUUACGGAUCAUGGAGAUCCAAGUUCAGAUGAAAUAGCAGAGUUAAUUAAAGAUGACAUGUGGCCUAAUCCAUUACAGUAUUAUUUGGCACCAGAUAUGGAUGUUGAAAAUGGCAUUGAGGGUGAUGGCGAAGAUUGCGAUACGGAAGAAGAGGAAGAAGAAGAAGAUGGUGGUGCGGAUGAAGGUGAUGAAGUAGGUGAAGGUGAGGAAGGAGAUGAUAGCAUAGUUGUUGUCGAAGAUGAUGUAGAUGAAGAUGAUGAGGAAGAAGAGGCUGUGAAUGAUGAAGAUGAUGGAGUAAACGAAGAGGAUGAUUUAUUGGUAGAUGACGAAGUGGAUCGUGAAGAUGGCGAGGGAGAGGAACCGGAAUAGAAUAUAAAGUUGGUUUUCCACAAUAUUGGUUACAGUCAUAGACACUAAAAAAAGGAUCGCUGAAAAUACACAUCAGAUUGAUUGAAAAUAAAUAAAGUUUGCAGGACUGAAAAUAUUGAGCCAUAUGAAUAAACCUCGGGACAAUUUUGGGAAAAUAAAGUAGAAAACAGAAUUCAGUAGACCUAAUCUUUAUCGGCGUGAAGAAAAUUGUAUGUACAAAAGUACAAUAUUUGUUUGAUUGUGCCGAAACAAAGAAAAAAUGGUCUGAGAUAAAUUAGAUAGGUUUCACACUGCACUUUGUUCUAAAACUGUACCGCAAUACAGUACGAAUUCCUUAGUUAUAUUCAUAUGGCCUAGUCAUUCUCUAUAGAGUAGGUAUACGAUGAAGAACACCUGCUCAUCUUCAUCGUGAUACAAUUACAUUAAGGAAAGAAUAAAUUAUAAGAUAUAAACGAGA